CCCACUCGACAUCCCACUUUUCAACAGAUUAUGAGGACAAUUUACUGGCGAACACAUGACAUUUAUUCAACAUUUGAGAAGGAACACUGUUCACACAGAAAAUGUAUAACUGUAACUAAGAGAAGAGAAGCCACACGACGAACGAGACUGAGAAGCCGUGGAGGUCAAUAUAUCUGUGGAGAUAUUUGGAGUUCACCAAAGCACACUUCUUUCCUCUCUGCCUGAAACUGAUGAUACUGCCAGUCGCUUCGAUGAGCCCAAGCCCAUUUUGAGGGCAUUUUGUGGGGAGGGCCGCAGAUUGCUGAAGGGAGAGAAAGGAGAAGCUCGCUCAGCACACACUAAACUCCCCACGUCUAACACACACACACACAUCUGGAGAUGAGUGAGGAGAAAGCAGCAGAGACCAUGGACCCUCCUCCCCCAGCAGAGGUGAACCCUAUACCCAACGGUAAAGGCCAUGAGCCUGGGGAGGAGACCACAGCAGCAUCCAAAACGCCUCCGGCUGAGGAGACAGCCCAGCAGGAAAUUGUACCCAAUACUGCCCAAAAUGCCACCCCCCAGAGAGGGGAGGAUGCUGAGGCCACCUUGGCGGAGAGUCAAGAGUUCCUGUCAGCCGUGGAGGACAAGAAGACCCCCCGCUUCACAGACUUUGAGGGGAAGACCUCCUUCGGGAUGUCUGUGUUCAACUUGGGCAACGCAAUCAUGGGCAGUGGAAUUCUGGGAUUGGCGUACGCAAUGGCCAACACAGGGAUAGUCCUGUUCCUGAUCCUCCUGACAGCAGUGGCAGGCCUCUCAUCGUACUCCAUUCACCUACUGCUCAAGUGCUCUGGCAUUGUGGGUAUCAGGGCUUAUGAGCAGCUAGGCUACAGAGCGUUUGGGACGCCAGGGAAGAUGGCCGCCGGCAUUGCCAUCACACUGCAAAACAUUGGAGCCAUGUCCAGUUACUUGUACAUUGUCAAGUAUGAGUUCCCUCUGGUCAUCCAGGCUUUUCUGGGGGUGGAUAAGCCUUCAGGUGAGUGGUUCAUGAAUGGGAACUACCUGGUGAUCAUGGUGUCCAUCGCCGUCAUCCUGCCCCUGGCUCUGAUGAAGCAACUGGGAUACCUGGGAUAUACCAGUGGUUUCUCUCUCAGCUGUAUGGUUUUCUUCCUCAUUGCGGUGAUCUAUAAGAAGUUCCAGGUGCCCUGUCCAUUUUCAGACUACAGCCAUAACAGCACUAGCAGUAACAUCAGUGCUGUGGAUAUGAAUGACCCUGCCUGUGUUCCUCGCAUGGUCAAUCUCAACCCUCAGACGGCCUACACAGUGCCCAUCCUGGCAUUUGCCUUCGUGUGCCACCCUGAGGUCCUGCCCAUCUACACUGAACUGCGCAACCCCACCAAGAAAAAGAUGCAGCAUGUGUCCAACAUCUCCAUUGCUGUCAUGUACACCAUGUACUUCCUGGCUGCUCUGUUUGGAUACCUGACCUUCUAUGGUGAGGUGGAAGCAGAGCUGCUUCACACCUACAGCAGGAUUGACCCCUACGACACCCUGAUCUUGUGUGUGCGUCUGGCCGUGCUCACGGCUGUCACUCUCACCGUCCCCAUUGUGCUUUUCCCUGUGAGGAGAGCCCUCCAGCAGAUGCUGUUCCCCAACAAGACGUUCAACUGGCCCCGCCACAUCGCUAUCGCUGUCUGUCUACUCACCUGCAUCAACUUGCUAGUCAUCUUUGCCCCCAACAUCCUGGGCAUCUUUGGUAUCAUUGGUGCCACGUCGGCCCCCUGCCUCAUCUUCAUCUUCCCUGCUGUGUUCUACAUCCGCAUCGUACCCAAAGAGGAGGAGCCCAUGCGCUCAGCCCCCAAAAUCAUAGCUGCCUGCUUUGCUGGAAUAGGUGUCCUGUUUAUGGUAAUGAGCCUCAGCUUUAUCCUCAUUGAUUGGACGUCAGGGAGCAGUAAAGCAGCCAGUGGUCACUAAAUUCCAUAGUCUACUGUAUGAAUUUGUUUUUGUAUUGAUGUAAAUCUAGAUAAAUGUAAAUGUAUAUUUUCAGUUGUUGUUUCGGAUAAUAAUAAUAUUAGAAGAUUUAGUAGCUGCUCCAAUAGAAAGUGUCGACCACAGUGUCUGGCGAAUGAGAGAGCUCAGUCUUCUGGAUGGACUUCCACUCAGAUGACACACAUUCAUACCCACCACAGCCAAACAGUGUGAGGAGGUCCAAGCCAAUAGACUUUCUGAGAAAGGUUGAUAGUUCAUUGUUGCCUACUGGAGACUAUGCCACCCUCUCCUAUACCUCCCCUGCCCCCAAAUAGCCAUCAUGUAUGAUCUACUAACCACUGUAUGGACUGGGAGUAUAAAUAGAACAAAAACAUUUAAGACAUUCCUGGUAUCCUGGUAGCAUUCUUUAACGAAAUCUGAAGAAAUACAUGAUGAGAAUUGCACAGUACAUGGGGUGUUUUUAGUCUGCUGUGUUAAGUUAUUGAUGUAAUUAGGUCAGUGGUUAUCAGUCCUGAUCCUUGUGCCCCCCUGCCCUGCAUGUUUUAGAUGUUUCCCUGCUACAACACACC